UAAUUGACAGCCACAGAUUACACAAAUUUGAUAGCUUCGAUUGAAUUUAAAGUCAUUCGAAGUUCUCUCAUUAUCAUUAAUUAGUUUCUAAAGUAACUUUCUUCAUCAUACAGAUUCAGUAAACUUCAUCAAUAUGGAUGAAAAGUCAGGUAUCAGAGAAAACAGACACAUAUUUACUAGGAACGGAAGAUUCUCGACAAAGAUCCAGGUCAAGAUCCCCUCAUGAACGAUCCAAAGACACUAAAGAAGGAAUCCUUAAACAAGAAAAGAAAUUGGAUAACAUUGCUCUAGGAGCGAAAAACAGGCUGAAAAGUUUGGGGAUCCAAAUGAAAUUGGGAAAUAGUAAGCCUAAAGAUAUAAAUAAACCAAAACUUUCGGUAGCAGCCGUUUUCAAUGCAGAUGAAGAUAGUGAACCGGAAGAAAUGCCACCAGAAGCUAAAAUGCGAAUGAGAAACAUUGGAAGGGAUACACCUACAUCAUCGGGACCUAAUUCAUUUGGUAAAACUAAGCAUGGAUUUUCUGAUACGAAAAAGGUAUUUGAAAAGGAUUUAAAGAAGACCAUGGACUCUCUGACAAAAUAAACAUUCUGUAAUAUAUUUGAGUACCUCUUCCAUGAAGUCUGUUGGCACAAAUAAUAGGACAUGACCUUCUACGAUACAUAGUGUACUGUAAUUGGUUAUUAUCAUAAAGAUUCUAGUAUUUAUUUA